GGAACAGCAGAACAGACCAUUACUGUUUCAGAAGACGGCAUCUACUACUGCAGAGGAGGACGAGGAGGCCCAGUUGUUUUCACAGAGGACAGCAACGCAGUUACGAUUGACAAAAUAAGUUAAGUGUUUUGUCUGUAAAACAACGCGUAUCAGGUAUAAAAUCAACCUCGGCUUUGAAUUCUUCGCAGUAAUUCAUGUUUUUUUCCUUCAGACACGCCUUCCAAGGCAGCAAGGAUAACACAGAAUCCCGACUGGAUCAAAAUAUUUAUCGGAGAGAGGAUCAGUCUGACAUGUGUCGUCUCGGAUGGAGACGGCGCUCGGUGGGAAUACGAAUGGAAAACGACGAGCUCGGAAAAGCCCGUGAAAACCGCUGAGGUCUGGGUUUUCUAUACCUCCGAUUCCAGUGCCGGCGACUUCUGGUGCAGAGGCAAAAACAAGAUGGACUUGCUUCCCACAAUGUGGAGUUAUCCCAUCAGAUUGACUGUGAUUUCAAGCAAGCCGAAGGCAACACUAAAUGUUGACAUGUUUCAUUGGAAUGGAAAUUGGAUUCUGACCUGCUACGUGAAUUUGUCACCAUCGACCUGGAAAUACUUCUGGUAUGUGGGUGAAACGCCCUCUGAAAUCCUGCCCAGAGAGGAUGCUGCUGGGAGCAACAAACAAAUCCUUGCCUCCCAGAGAGGACUCUACUGGUGCAGAGGGGGAAGAGGAGAUCCAGUUUACUACACAGAGUUCAGUGACCCACUGAAAGUCGGCACAAACCAAGAGUCAGAGUCAGCAGCAGACCCAACUCCUCCCACCACCGUGACUCGUCCACCAGGUGAAAAAGAGGGAAGCGGCUCUCCUGUCAUUUCGCCACUUAUGACGGGGUUGGCUUGUGGAAAUCUCCUCCUCUGUGGAAGUCUGGUUUUGCUGUUUAUGCUUUUGCUCAGAAAAAUUAAAGAGCUUUCUUCACGUUUGGAAUCUAAUCGAGCCUCUGGUGAAAAGCAACUCAUCGACCCAGAUCCAGACAGUCCUUACAGUCAUCUUACCCAUGGCGACACAGCUAUCUACGAAUCCAUCCCCCCAAGCAGAAAUCUUGACACUGGAGAAGGAGACCAUCGUGCUGCAUUGUGAUCAGCUGAAAUGUCGCAACACAAGCAAUCUAGAAGAAAAAAGAGGUGAACAUCUG